CCCACCAACCCUUCUUUUCUUUCAAUCUCUCCCUAUCUCUCUGUACAAUUAUGGACUUUCCACUUUUCCCACACCCUUUCUCUUCAACAAUUCACAUCUUCGACAAAAAAAACCCAAUUUGUUGAGGAUUUCUACUUUUAGCUAAAAAAAUAACUUCAUGAUCCAUCAUUCCCUCUUAAUUCAUCAGAUUUCCAUGCCCGUGCAAAAUUUCACAUAUUUAUGCUUCUAAGCCGCCGAUCUUCAAAGCGCCGCAAGACACAAUUGGUAGGGAAUCUCCUUGUUGUAGGCAAACAUGCGGACAUAAAGUGAUGGUUAACUUCAGAUUGGAGGAUUUCACCCAAGAAUCGGACCUUAAUUCCAUCGACGCUCAACAUCUGGCACAUCAACAAGCCAGUUUAAAUUUUGUCCUAACGCUAGGGGCUUGGGUGAAUUGUGUAGCAACAGAAAAUAAGGCAGCUGAGGAUUUAUUUGUCAUAACUGCGGGGAAUGGAGUAAUGAUUGCAACCCAACCAAUCUGGCAAAAAGAAUAGCACGACACGAAUUGUGAUAAUAGUUAUUGUAAUUGUAACUGUCAUUGUCACUUUAGUUUUUAUCGUUAUGAGAUUGAGGAAGAAGAAGAAGCAAACGAUGCAUCCACCUGCAAUAAUUAUUCGGAGUAAUAGCACUACUAGUGUCGGAACUAUGGAUGUUAGGACUGUAGAAUCAUUGCAGUAUGACUUCAAUAGCGUCAAAAUAGCAACCAAUUACUUUUCCGAAGAAAAUAAGCUUGGACGAGGUGGUUUUGGAACCGUUUACAAGGGUACUCUUGAAGACGGGAACGAAAUAGCAGUAAAGAGACUAGCAUUGGAUUCUGGACAAGGUGACCUAGAAUUUAAGAAUGAGGUUUUGCUGGUUGCAAAACUUCAACAUCGAAAUUUGGUUCGUCUGCUAGGCUUUAGUGUAGAAGGAAGCGAACGACUUCUCAUUUACGAGUUCUUGCCAAAUGCAAGUCUUGAUCAAUUUAUAUUUGAUCCAACUAAACGUACACUUCUUGAUUGGGAAAAGCGAUAUAGCAUUAUUAAAGGCAUUGCAAAAGGACUAUUAUACCUUCACGAAGAUUCACGUCUAAGGAUCAUUCAUCGUGAUAUGAAGGCUAGUAAUGUCUUGUUAGAUGGACAAAUGAAUCCCAAAAUUGCUGAUUUUGGAAUGGCAAGAUUGUUUAAAACCGAGGAAACUGAAGGAGAUACAACCCGGAUUGUUGGAACCUAGUUCUAAGAGAUCUACAAGAAGCCAGAAGCAUAAAGAAACAAAACAUGAUGACGAUUUCGAAGGUUUGUUAAGGAUCUGUAAACGAACAGAUUUCUAGGGUUUUAAUAUGUCUAAACUGAUUCAUGUUCUGCAUUUUAUUAAACAGAUCGAUCGUUGUGUUUUUUAUGAAAUAAUGCUGGUUUAUUUUU